AUGGCGCCACGAUUAAACUUUCUGCCAGAUGCGCUAUCGAAGACAUUGUUGGAUUUCCAAGUAGAAGGCGUCCUUUUUGGAAUAUCUAAGAACGGAAGAUGUUUGAUCGGUGAUGAGAUGGGUCUGGGAAAGACAUUGCAGGCUUUAUCAGUCGCCUAUUAUUACAAGAAUGAAUGGCCUCUCCUCAUCGUAUGUCCUUCCUCAAUGCGUUUUCCCUGGAUUGAAGAAAUUGAGAAAUGGCUGCCAGACAUUCAACCAGAUGAUAUCAACCUUGUUCAAUCCUGUAUUGAUGCUAGCAAUAUACAAAGAAGUAAGAUAUCAAUUGUUGGUUAUGGUUUACUAAGUCACGCUGCCUCACGCACGCUGAUCAAAUGUCUAAAAGAAACAAAAUUUGGAGUUGCAAUCAUUGACGAGUCUCAUUACAUGAAGAACAGAAAAGCUGUGCGAACCCAGGCCCUUGUUUCAGUCGUUAAACAGACUAAACGAGCAAUACUUCUCACUGGAACACCAGCUCUUGCCAGGCCCGAGGAGCUUUAUGUCCAGAUUGAUGUGCUGAAACCCAACCUACUGGGAUCAUUUAGUAAAUUUGCAAAUCGUUACUGUGAUGCCCACACUGAACACUUCGGCGCCUGGAGGUCUCAACGCUGGAACACUCGGGGUGCAUCUAAUCUGGAAGAACUGCACCAAUUGUUGAAAAGAAACGUCAUGAUAAGAAGAUUGAAGUGUGAUGUGUUGACAGAAUUGCCUGCAAAACAGCGUCAGAAGAUCACAUUUGACCUUGCUGAAUCAAAUUCCAAAAAGGAAAUGGAGAAAGUUGUUGAUGAAUUUAGAAGUGUUUGCAAGCAACUCAAAGGCAUAGAUUCCUCUCAAAAUCGCAGCCAAAUAAACCCCCUUUCUGAAAUAAACCGACUGACAACUAUGCUGUAUAAACAAACUGGAAUAUCUAAGAUUUCGGUAGUUCGGCAAUACGUCGCGGAGAUCCUGGAUAACACAGAAAAGAAAUUUCUCGUUUUUGCACAUCACGUUGACGUGAUGAAGGCAAUUGAAGUGGAAGUUGUUAAGAAACGAGUGAAAUAUAUCAGAAUAGCUGGCGACGUUCCGUCUUCCUUCAGGAGCUCUCUUGUCCAUCAGUUUCAAACCGAUCCUUCGACACGGGUUGCUAUUUUGAGCAUUCUGGCCGCCUCGACGGGCAUAACUCUGACCGCUGCCGAUCACCUAAUCUUUGCUGAGCUUCAUUGGACACCCGGCGUUAUGGAGCAAGCUGAAGACAGGGUUCAUCGUAUCGGGCAAAAGAACUCGGUUCUCAUUCAAUAUCUUAUUGCCAAAGGAACGAUUGACGAAGUUCUUUGGCGUAUGAUCUGUAACAAGGUUUACGUCACAACAACGGCAUUGAAUGGCAAGUUACAAGGAAUGAAUGUUGAAGAAGGAAGCGAAAAUCAGUCGAAGCUUUUUGAAGCUUUUUCAGCGUUUGUGAUGGAGGACGAAGACGAUGCGGUGCCUGACGACAAUUUUUUAUUUACUCAUAGUCAAAAGAAACGAAAGCAAGAUUCGCUUCAGAGGUCACUGAUGGAGUUUUUUAAUACUCCGACUUCGAAAUGUAGAAAAACUGACGAUGGGAAAGAGUCGAGCGAGCCCAGUACCUCACAGAAAGAACAAAAAUCUGACGAGGAUGAAAGUCCUCAUGAAACAGUAGUCGAGGCAAAACCUGAGACAGACACAGUUUUAAUCGUUGAUAGUGACGAUGAGAACAGCCUGAAAUCGACAACGAAGAAGACUUACAAACUUGAAAAGAAAAAAACACGCAAAACAAAACAAAAACUAGCGACGGUGGAUGCUUCAGAAAGUCAGGAAAUGGCCUGGGAAGUCGCCCGCGAGCUGACCAAGGUCGAUGUGAACGAAUCCUUCGAACCAGUUCGUCCACAGGUGAUUGAUAUGCUGUCGACCUACACACGGGUUUUGAACAAGACCAAGCUGGAACUUGAGAAGAAUGAUUGCGAGGAUAAAAGUGAUGGACUCUCGUCUGAAAGCGAUGAGGAAAAUAGUUUUGAAUUAGCCAAAAGCAACAAGAAAGUGAUUGUAGAAGUCAAUGAAGAAAAUAUCGAUAAAGAUUUGUCUGUUAGACGUAGUCUUGAGGAGCAAGCUGGUGACAAUGACCUCUCUCUGGUCCAACAAAUACAUUCAGCACCUUCCACACCAAUUUGUGCUCAAGACACGCCACAAUCCAGCCCAAUCGCCGCCAAUGACGAGCCGGCAGAAUACCAGAAGAAGCAAACUAACCCUGAGCCUUUGGCCCCAACCAGCGCCGAAGAUAUAAACGAUUUCAAAACCUGGUCCUGUUCCAUCUGCACGUUCAACAACAACGAUUUCUUGCGAGUGUGUGAGAUGUGCGAUGCACCACGGUACAGAAGCCGAAGGAAAACAUCAAACAUCAAAUGUUCAACGGAUGGGUUUGUCGCACGAAAGCAGAAAUCAAUUUUCGAGAAAUUCUCGCCUGUUGGUGAUCAGAAAUCUGGUUCUAGGAAGCCGGGAAUGAGGAAGGAUAGAAAGUGUGCAGUAGGGAGCGUAAAGGACAAUAAGGGAUGUGAUGAUGUAACGAUUGAGGGUACUAAUUAUCCUCAAUGUUCCUCGAUAUUUCAUUCAAAAAAGGAAACUUUAGCAGGACUCAAUUCACCAGAAAGUAAAGAUGAAUUACCUGCCAAACCAGACUUACUGGUCAAACCUGAAUUAUCGAUUCCACCUGAAGUGCCGGUCAAACCUGAUUUACUGGUUGAAGAUGAAAUACCUAAUAAACGUCAACUCGGAGGACAAAUCAAACUUGAAAUGCAACUGGUUGAACCGGAAAUCCAGUUGGUUGAACCGGACAAGCCGGUUAAACCGGGUAAAAGAUGCGACGUAUUUUCUAGCGACGUGGAUUUAUUUGCGACAGAGUCACCAACCGAGGAGUCCUCGGACGAGAUUAUGACAUCAUCUUCCCCAGAUAAAGUGAUGUCAUCUUUCGAAGACAAGAUUAUGACGUCACCUGGCGAGACAGAUACAGCGACGGAAUUUGAGGAUAUUGCGGACGAUGACUGGUGGGAGUGUACGUCAUGUAAGAAUUAUAACUUCGGCGAUGGCACAGGCAAGUGUGAAGCAUGCGGGCUCAGAAAAGAAAGUGAGAAUCUUGAGUACUCGAUGACGGGUCUUGACGAGGGUUGUUGGCAGUGUCAGGAUUGCAAGGAAUUCUAUUUCAGAGAUGACGUUAAAUGUACCAAGUGUUGCCAUGGCAAUAAGACAGAUCGCAAGCCACUUGUAGAGCAGUACAAAGAAUUACGUCAUCUUCUGAUCGAGGAUGAGAGGGACUCUGACACACCAGAUGAGGAAACUGGGGGACAUAUAGGGAAGCUGGAGGUGAUAGAAAACUUGAUGUUUCGUCUGAGCAACUAUACGGAUCGAGUGUACUUGUAUGAUGAGAGUGGCAAACCAUUGAACUGCAGUGUGAAUAUUACUGACAUGGAGAGCCUAGAGCCUAAACAUACUUCCACCAUUUUAUCUGAGCCAUCGAACAGAAGGCAAAUAACGAGGUUUGUGAGAAAAUGGAAAAGCCUUUCCCAAAAUGAACGAAGAAAAAUCCGAAAAGCUGGAAUCAUAUUUGAGGACCCUCACGAAGCUUUACAGGCAAUUAAAUGGGGCCGUGAAGAGAGAGUUUGUACAAGUCGCUUUCCAUCCAAGGAGAAAUUGCAAGCUGAAGUGAUGGAAGCGGCGGUUGAGAAGAACGGCAGUGUUCGACAUUGUGUGAAACGUAAGGGAAGUAUUCAAGGCGGGAAAACAAUAAAUGAAAGAACUGAAGGAGGAACAGUGCUGGACAAGGAUUCAGCCGCCGUUAGUAAGGAAACACGUUGGAUGCAAGCUGUUGACGAGAACGGUCAACCGUUAUGUUUGUUUUGCAAAGAUGUCGUGAACACGAAGUGCAGCAGCAGUUUGUGGGACGAACGCUUCUGCUCACAGAAGUGCAAAGACCAGUAUCAGUGUCGUGUUAGUGGCUCGCGAGUUCGCGAAAAGCUUUUCCAAGACGAGAAAGGAGUUUGCCAACAAUGUGGUUGUAAUGCUCACGAACUGUACAGAACGAUGAGUCUGCUACCUAAGGCGGAACGCCGAACGUGUUUGGAAAAGACAUCAUUUCUUACGCUGCCUGUUGCGAUGUUGAACAAGAUGAUCGUUGAUCCCAAGGAAGGAAUGUUUUGGGAGGCAGAUCACGUGAUAGCGGUGGUAGAAGGGGGUGGUGAGUGUGAUCUGGAGAACUACAGGACACUCUGUGUUCCUUGUCAUCGCCGUGUCACGGCCGAGCUACGUGAAAGACUGAGAACCAAUCGAAAAAGGAUUGCUGGAAUACCGGAUAUUGCGUCAUUCUUUCGUUCAUGAUCUUGUGAAGUGAAAAUAUGAAAUUUUGUGUUAAUUCGGUUCACGUUCUGGUAAGUUACAUUGCCUGUUAUCGGAAACAGAUGAAACGUAUCAAAUUUAGGCAUUCAUCGUUGCCAAAACUACUGCAAAGUUCGCGAGUCAUAAACGCUGAAGAAAUGCCUUUUUAACUUGAAAAAAACACAAAGAAAUUUCAUUGUUUAUAAAAUGUAAAAUUAGUUAGUUAGGGAACUUAAGUUACCGAAAAACGGUCCGUUUUUUCUAUUAAUUGUACAAA